ACCUGAACGAGUGCGGACGCGUUUGGCGCACAGCAGAAGGACAGAACAGCCCCUAGAAGAGCCCGUAAACAAACCCAGAUAGUGUUGAUAGCUCCGUGCUCGCGAGUGCUGGUCCGUAUGUGCGUUUAGAUCAGGUGGCUCUAGAACCGAUCUGUGGUAGAACCCUAUACAAAAUGCCCGAAAUCGUGGAGCUGAAUGUGGGCGGCGUGAGCUACACGACCACGCUGGCCACUCUGCUGGCGGACAAGACCACGCUGCUGGCCGAGCUCUUCGGCGAGGGUCGCGAUGCGCUGGCCAAGGACAGCAAGGGGCGCUACUUCCUGGACCGCGACGGCGUCCUCUUCCGCUACAUCCUGGACUUCCUGCGCGACAAGGCGCUGCACCUGCCCGAGGGAUUCCGCGAGCGCCAGCGGCUGUUGCGCGAGGCGGAGCACUUCAAGCUGACGGCCAUGCUGGACUGCAUCCGCGCGGAGCGGGAUGCCCGGCCGCCGGGCUGCAUCACCAUCGGCUACCGGGGAAGCUUCCAGUUCGGCAAGGAUGGCCUGGCCGAUGUCAAGUUCCGGAAGCUGUCGCGCAUCCUGGUCUGCGGUCGCGUGGCCCAGUGCCGCGAGGUCUUCGGGGACACGCUGAAUGAGUCGCGGGAUCCCGAUCAUGGCGGCACGGAUCGGUACACCUCUAGGUUCUUCCUGAAGCACUGCUACAUCGAGCAGGCCUUCGACAAUCUGCACGAUCAUGGCUACCGCUUGGCCGGAAGCUGCGGAUCCGGAACCGCCGGCUCGGCGGCGGAACCCAAGCCGGGCGUGGACACCGAGGAGAAUCGCUGGAACCACUACAACGAGUUCGUCUUCAUCCGGGAUUAGGGCACCACUACUUGAGAGCACCCCACCCAGCAACUCAGCAACCCAGCUCUUUAUCGUUAUUUAUCAUUUGUGCGGGAUUCGUUUGCCAUGCCCAUCAGUAUUCCACGGAUUAACCUUUAUUAAUGGCUGAGAUACGGAGGCCGCACAGCAUUCAAUGGCUUGAGUUUCAACCCACCUCUUGAUAUACAAAUGGGAACAUUUCAAAUGUACAACUGAACUAACAAUCCACACUAAGGUCUAGAAAAUUGUUGACACACAUAGAUAACUUAAUGAGGGAGUGUGUAUUUGGUUUUCUUUAUUUACGUUUAUCUAUAAAUCACGGUGGGCCCCCAUUAAAUUGGAUAUUACGAGCAGUUUUUUGAUGAACGCAAACGAAUUUGGAUUUACUGGCAACUGACAACAAGUGAAAACAUUUGGCAAGUGCAGAUAACGAAAUAGGAAAAACUAUGCCAACAUUUUAUUAGCCCCAACUUUUGUUGAUGCAGUGCAGUGUAAACAAGAUGAGAGGAAGACAUUAAACAGAUCAGAGCCAAUGAAAUAAAUUCGAGACGAGGCAAGGGCAACCGCGCCAGCUGGAUAAACGUAUUUGUGGCCAAUCAAUCACACCGAAAUCACACUGAACAAUUUGAAAUACGGGUUACUCUUUGAAAAAACUAACGAAGUAUUGUAGCAACAGAUACCACAAGCAAACAACUCAAGCAAAUGCUAAAUCCAAAGUUUUAUUAGUCUAAUAAAAGUCGAAACUUGAAGUAAAGAAUAUACAAAUAGCGAAAUAGGAUAAUGGCAGGCAACAUGUGGCCCCGAAUAUAUGUUGACCGAAGCCGAAAAGCGGCCUGCAAUCCAUAAAACUCAGACACAAAUCGAUAUUAGAGAUAUUACUAUACAAAUACAAAACCGCAAACCGAACAACGGCUGUCCUGAGAUAUGCCCCUUUGCAAUAACUCUUGAAUCGUUUCCGGUUCUACAAGAUGGGGAAAACAUGCUUUUUUGUAGGCCACAUUCGGCUUGGAGCGAUAAAACCUAGCGUCCUGGCGCAACAAUUGGAAAUGAUUUAAUAGUGCAUUUUAGAAAUAGCUGAGCCACCCAUAAACUAACCCCCUUCAUCUGCCAGAAAAGCAAUCAUCAUUUAGGAAGCUAAAUGAGAGAAGCUAUACACGUUCGAUUUUAUGAUUUAUUAGUAAACUGUAAUGAGAAAUGCCAAAAAACCAAAACCAAAUGGUCACAAGGACUUCCAGAAUCGCGUUGGGAAUACGACACCACAUACGAAACUAAAUUUGCUGAACUCUAGGAGCCCCUCUGUUAUUAUUGAUUUUAUCCAUUUACGAGGCGAAUCCAUGAGAAUGCUUUUCGCUGACAUAUCUCGCAUCGCGUUUUCGACAUUUCCGCAGGUUUGUUGCUGAAGGGGAAUUUAUGGAACGCAGUGCAGGGCGGAAAUUUGAAAUGAAAAUGCCGAUGCGCAACAUUGAAGCAAAACAGCCAUGAAACAUAUACGAACAGAUUGUAUAGAACUAUAAAUUCUCGAAAUCGUGCGUAAUCAUCGGCAAUAACGUGGUAAUAUUCGUGGGAGAACUAUUAGGCUCCAUUAUAUACUGACUCCUGGCUCGACAUGGGCUCACGGCUCUUACACAGAUAAUAUGAAUCGUUAUACACAUAUAUCUAUAUAUAUACCUAAUUAUGUAUUAAAACAAUUGUCGAUAUUGAAAGUAUCUUAUAAAUGUUUAGAAUUACAUGUAAUUGAAUCCAAAAUGGCAGAGGCAAGGCGACGGAAAUCUAUUGUAUCAUUAAUUAAAUUAAACUGAAACUAAUUUAAACUAACUAAACGAAAUGUAAAAUGUAUUUAGAGAAGCGCAAAGUAAAACUGCUAAAAUAGCCUAUCAAAGUGCGACUAAGCGAGCAUAUGUAUGUAAAGAGGUGUAACUUGCGAAAAGCGAAACCAAACAAUAAAUUCAAGAAACCAAA